AUGGUAGAUGAGAAAGGAAAGAACAUGAAAUGUCUCACCUUCUUCUUGAUGCUUCCAGAGACGGUCAAGAACAGGUCCAAGAAGAGCUCUAAGAAGGGAAAUAGCAGCAGCAGUAGCAGCAGCAAAUUGCCUCCAGUUUGCUAUGAAAUCAUUACCUUGAAGACCAAAAAGAAGAAGAAGAUGGCUGCUGAUAUUUUUCCCCGAAAGAAACCAGCCAACACUAAUACAACUGCUGUCCAGCAGUACCACCAGCAAAAUCUCAAUAACAACAACACUAUUCCAGCACCUAAUUGGCAAGGACUUUAUCCAACCAUCAGAGAGAGAAAUGCAGUGAUGUUCAACAAUGACUUGAUGGCAGAUGUUCAUUUUGUGGUCGGGCCACCAGGUGGGACCCAGCGGCUGCCAGGACACAAAUAUGUCCUGGCUGUUGGGAGCUCUGUAUUCCAUGCGAUGUUUUACGGAGAGCUUGCUGAGGACAAAGAUGAAAUCCGUAUACCAGAUGUUGAGCCUGCUGCUUUUCUCGCAAUGCUGAAAUACAUUUAUUGUGAUGAAAUUGAUUUGGCUGCAGAUACCGUACUGGCCACUCUUUAUGCUGCCAAGAAGUAUAUCGUCCCUCAUCUUGCCCGCGCCUGCGUCAACUUUCUAGAGACAAGUCUAAGUGCAAAGAAUGCCUGUGUGCUGCUUUCCCAGAGCUGCUUAUUUGAGGAACCUGACCUGACCCAGCGCUGUUGGGAAGUGAUUGAUGCCCAAGCUGAGCUAGCUUUGAAGUCUGAGGGGUUCUGUGACAUUGAUUUUCAGACACUUGAAAGCAUUCUCCGAAGGGAGACUCUGAAUGCCAAAGAAAUUGUUGUUUUCGAAGCAGCUCUGAACUGGGCUGAAGUGGAGUGUCAGCGACAAGAGCUAACGGCUACCAUAGAGAACAAGCGCAAAGUCCUCGGGAAGGCUCUGUACUUGAUACGCAUCCCUACCAUGGCACUCGACGACUUCGCAAAUGGCGCUGCUCAGUCUGGGAUUCUGACUCUCAACGAAACCAAUGAUAUCUUCCUCUGGUAUACGGCUGCUAAAAAGCCAGAGUUACAGUUUGUAAGCAAGCCCCGUAAAGGCCUCGUUCCUCAGCGAUGCCACCGUUUCCAGUCCUGCGCUUACCGCAGCAACCAGUGGCGCUACAGGGGCCGGUGUGACAGCAUCCAGUUUGCUGUUGAUAAGAGAGUGUUUAUUGCUGGCUUUGGGCUGUACGGCUCCAGCUGUGGAUCGGCAGAGUACAGUGCCAAGAUUGAACUCAAACGACAAGGAGUUAUCCUAGGCCAGAACUUGAGUAAAUACUUCUCAGAUGGUUCUAGUAACACUUUUCCCGUGUGGUUUGAAUAUCCAGUGCAGAUUGAGCCUGACACCUUUUACACAGCUAGCGUGAUUCUGGAUGGUAAUGAACUCAGCUAUUUUGGACAAGAAGGAAUGACAGAAGUUCAGUGUGGGAAGGUGACUGUUCAGUUUCAGUGCUCUUCGGACAGUACAAAUGGCACUGGGGUACAGGGGGGGCAAAUUCCCGAACUCAUAUUUUAUGCUUGAAUGCAAGUGUGUGGAGACGAAGCGUUUUGCUAUGAAGAACCUGUCUGGUUCAGGCCUACUGAUGCUUAGCUUUUUAUCUGCAGAUGUGUGAUCAGUACAGGUAAUAUGUAACUAAAUGCUGUGGGCAAGUUACUGGCUUGCUAUACUUGUAGCAUCAUUGGUGAUAAAGUUUAAGUGUAGUAUUUAAACUGGAAGCUCUUAGGAACAAGCAAGUUUUAAAGGCUUUGUAAGAGGGGUGCCUGCUUGCUGGUGAUGCUGACCCUUUCUUUGAUGCACAUGUGAAUCACCAGAGGAUGUCCCCCUCUUGUAUCUCACUAAACAGUCUUCAUUGAUCCAUUUUCUCUUUCUCCAUUUACUGCUUUCUGCUUGUAAUUUUUUGGGGGAGGUAGGGGAAGAAAAUGAAGAGCCUUGUUUUAUAGCUCUCUCUUCUGUCCACUCUUCAGACUUAAGAGAUUCCAAUAAACUGAGCUGCUUUUGAUCAUGGGAGCUGAAAGAAGUGCUUCAGUUGUAAGUAGAAAAAGCAUAGGUUUAAACGUUCAUCCUGUGAGAUUCUCCUGUGGCCAACUGUUUGGGAUGGCUACAGGGGAAGAUGGAGAGAAGCAAGCAGCUUUCAGGAAGCUACACAGCAUGCUGACCAUGUCCACAGUGCAGGGACAUGUUUACAGUGAGGGAGGGAUGUAGACUUGGCAAGUUACAUUCAUUUCUAGUUCAUUUUCUAGGAAUCCCACCUCGAAGGCAAGGAAGUACUUGCACAUGUUCAAGUUGUAUAUGCAGCUCUUGAAACUCUACUCCCAUGACCUAGUUUUUGCUACAUUGAAGUUGAUUUGCUAUUUAAAUGGCUUUUCUUUGAACCCUUGUUAAAUAAAUGGGAAUUAGUAUCUAUCAUCUGAUGCAGGAUAAUUUUUUGUUUGUUUUGGGUGGGGUUUUUUUCUUCCUUCUAAACAUGGUAGAGGCAGAUUAUAGAGGAACAAAAGAAUGUACCAAUCCUGACUUGGACUUUUUUCUGUAAUAGGAGAUUUCUUCUUUUUAUUACCAUACAUUACCAGUGGAAAUUUGGACAAAGACAGAAGAUUCCCAACUGUGGUCAUAUUACACUUAGUGUAUAUCAUCAGAUAACAGUGAGGAGGAGGAAGUCUUCUCUAAUGUGUUAAUGUUGGAUCUCUUGCAACUGCUUAUGGUUACACAUCAGUCAGAGGAUUAUGUGGUACAGAACCUUCUCCUUGUCUGAAUUUUUUUUUUCCAAACUUCCUGUUAUGUCUGUAUCGUUUUUGGAAAAGUAUUACAGAUGAUGACUCCUUUUAUCAGGGAAGGAAACAGUAUAAAUAAGAAAUACAGGUACUAUUUAAACAAAAGAAAAUCCUUCACCAUUGCAUUGGGACAGUUGCUUCUCAGAGGCACGCUACCUAUUGUAAAGCAUCUCAUUCUUAUUUCACCUCUGAAGUGCGUUCUGUUUUUUGCGUAUGUUUUACCGAAAUAAAAAGAGCAAAUGAUUCUUUAGGCAGACUGAAGAUUAACGUUAAAGUGUGUCAACACAUUAAUGUAGCAUAACCCUAAAUUCACUUGUCAGUUUUGUAAUAAAAAUGUUUUUCUCAUAUGAUUUCUUACCAGUUUAAUACUAUUACUCUAAGUGUUUCUUGACGGUUGGAAUCCUGGCCCCUGGCCAUCGUACAGUGCCAAUACAUCUUUGCAGUGUCCAAAAUACCAUCUGAAGUAAGGAAAACUGGAGCGUAGAUGUCAAACACCUUAUGGCCAAAGCCCAGAUCUUCUCUCUAGGUAAUAAAAGGAGAGCCAGGUAAAAAACUGCCCUGCAAGAUCUAUGCUUUUCACCCAUCUUAGUGUUUAAUGUUUUAUAUACAUACAUACGUGUGUGUGUGUGUGUGUGUAAGCAAUGUUCUUUCUGAAAUGUAAAUACCCUCAAAAUAUAUAGAAAAAUGUUUUGUUUUUUUAUAACAGAUGUACAUAAUCCAGACUGUUAGUGAAAUCUAAACAGAAAGCUUCGUGGAAAACUCCCAGAGAGAGAUUUAAAAAACCUCCGGUUAAUUAUAUUUAGAUCUGCAGCCUAAAAUAGACAAUAGACAGGAGUAUAAAUUGUAUGGACUGGAGGAAGAGUUGCUGAAGAGACUGCAAAAAGGAAUCUAAGAUUGUGAUGAGGUAAUGGUCAUCUACUUUUAGACAACAUCUGAGCAGCAGUUCCAUUUAUUUAAAUACAUUUGAAAGCAGAGAAAGAUGCUAAUCAGCUGAUUAAGUUUUCUUACAGCAAGCGGUUGAUGUAGAUGUAAUUACUCUGAGUGAUGAUCAGAUUGACAAGUUGCUUGCAGUAGCAAGCUGCAUUCCGAGUUGUUUGGAAAAAAAAUCAGGUGCCUCAGCUGGUGGGACAAAUCAGAGAGUACUGCAUUGCUAUAACUAGACUUAGGCUCUCACUUUUAAUAUAUUUUUUGGUUUUUACUUAUCUGCAAAUAAAGGUGGGGUAUCUACUACAUUCACUGACUGGAACAGAAGUUAGGAGAUCAGAAUACUGUGUAGCUGUAAUAUGUAGAAAAUGAGCUGUUUAAUUAUUAUUUUGUUUGCUACUUUUGUGAAAUCUUUUUGACGAAGUAGGAUGAAAGCAACCUCUAGCUUAAUUCCUCUGAGUCCAUUCCAGGUUUUAGGAGCUGGUGCAUGUAAAGUUUUUCAAUAUGGAUGAAUAAACAUAAGCACCCCAAAACACCUUUUGAUGCUUACAGCGCGACUUGAUUCUGAGCACUGCUUGAUGCUAACAAGUACUGGUGUAUAAGAAGGUGGCUAGUACCAGUCACCUUAGGACAUCAGGGCACUUAAGUAGGUGUCUAAAUGUGGAUUUGGUUGGUUUAGCAGUAGCAUCCAAGCUUGAAUACAUUGAUUGACGUUUUGCAAGCAUCAGCCAUAUCAACCUGGAAUGUCAGCAUAAAGUUGAUAGAGAUCCUGUCGUAGAUUCUGUCUUAAACUGUACCUGGCCAUCGUUGCUACUUGUAUGUUUGAUUUUCCUGGUGAGGGGAAUCUGUGAUAAGAGAGUAUAAUGUAAUAUACUUUCUGCAUAUCUAAAAUAGUAUUUAAGUAAACAUUUUAAUUUCUACAUACUUAUUGCACUGAACUGUUUUGGGAUUUUUUUUUUUUAUUUGUUGUGAUAAACUCAGCUAACUUCAGGUCCCAGCACCCAUUUGUGCUGAAGCAGUGUUUGACCUUAGCAGGCUUACAGCAUUAUUUAUAAAGGACAGAUAUAUAUAAAUAUGAAGUACCUCAUGUUGAAUGUUAUUGUACUGUAUCUUUAAUGUCACAGUGCAGAUCUUGUUGGACUCAUGAAUGUGUAUAAUCGCAUUAAACACAAAU